UUCUUUUUUAUUUUAUUUUCUUUUUAAUCUUCUCUUUCUCUGUUACCUGCUUCAACCUAACCCUAGCUUUGUAGAUAGAGAAAAAAAAAAAUCACAUUUUCAUUUUUGAACUCCUUCGGAUCUCUGUGUAGAACACAGUUGAAAUCUUUUUGUUUUUUCCUUUUUUUUGGGCAUUUGAAGCUUUCUUUAGGAAUCCAAGGUUGACCUAGUUAGUUUUUUUUUUUUCAAUUUUUGAAUGGAGCCUCGUGUGGGUAACAAGUAUCGACUUGGUCGCAAAAUUGGCAGUGGAUCAUUCGGUGAGAUCUAUCUUGGUACUAAUAUUCAGACUAAUGAGGAGUUGGCAAUUAAGCUGGAAAAUGUCAAGACAAAGCAUCCUCAGUUGCUAUAUGAGUCAAAGCUGUAUAGAAUUCUUCAAGGAGGAACUGGUAUUCCAAAUGUGAGGUGGUUUGGCGUGGAGGGAGAUUACAAUGUUCUGGUCAUGGAUUUGCUAGGACCAAGUCUUGAAGAUUUAUUUAAUUUUUGCAGCAGGAAGCUUUCCCUGAAGACAGUUUUAAUGCUUGCAGAUCAAAUGAUAAAUCGUGUUGAAUUUGUUCAUUCCAAAUCAUUUUUGCAUCGAGAUAUCAAGCCAGACAAUUUUCUUAUGGGCUUGGGAAGACGUGCAAAUCAGGUUUACAUAAUUGACUUUGGUCUAGCCAAAAAGUAUCGAGACACUUCAACUCACCAGCACAUUCCUUACCGAGAGAACAAAAACUUGACCGGCACUGCAAGAUAUGCUAGCAUGAACACUCACCUUGGUAUCGAACAAAGCAGGAGGGAUGAUUUGGAGUCUCUUGGAUAUGUUCUUAUGUACUUUCUCCGAGGAAGUCUUCCUUGGCAAGGGCUGAAAGCAGGAACUAAGAAGCAGAAGUAUGAGAAAAUUAGUGAAAAGAAGGUUUCAACAUCUAUUGAGGCUCUGUGUCGUGGUUAUCCUACUGAAUUUGCAUCAUAUUUCCAUUAUUGUCGUUCUCUUCGCUUUGAGGAUAAACCAGAUUAUGCUUAUCUGAAGAGAAUAUUCCGUGACCUCUUCAUCCGUGAAGGCUUUCAGUUUGACUAUGUGUUUGAUUGGACUAUCUUGAAGUAUCAGCAAUCGCAAAUUGCAGCUCCUCCUUCCCGACCUCUUGGCCCUAGUGCCGGUCCCAGCUCAGGCAUGCCUCCAGUUAUUCCAAAUGUAGAAAGGCAAUCAGGGGAAGGGGAAGGAAGACAAUCAGCAGAGCCUUCUCGGAGGAGAAGUUCUGGGCCACUUAUAAAUGCUGGAAGUUUAUCCAGGCAGAAGAGUCCUAUUGAAAAUGAUUCCACGAGCAAGGAUGCUAUGCUAUCAAGCUCCACUUUUAUGGGAAGAUCUAGUGGAUCUCUGAGGCGAGGUCUAGUCUCCGGGAGCCGUGAGACUUUCACAGUGGGGAAUGACUCUGACCCUACACAUUCUCGCACACCUGAGGCAAGUCCAGGGACCAUGCACAAAUUAUCAGGUGGACAUAGAAGCUCUCCACUUGGCGGAUCGUCCGAUCCUAGAUAUGCUUCAUCUGGCCAGAAUACUUCUGGAUUAAAGAACUAUGAAACCACAAUCAAAGGAAUUGAGGCUCUACAUUUUGAUGACGAAGAGAGGGCUCAUUGAUUUUGCAAACCCUUUCACUUUCUUGUAAAUUUUUUUACUUGUGUGGUAGACAACAGAUAGAUUGCGGCCCCCAAAGUUGAUUUUUCUUCGGAUUUGUGGGUUGGAAAUUAGGGAACUAGCUGCUGUUGUUCAAGCUGGCAAAAGAUUGAUCGCAAAUAUAUAGAUCCAGAUGGUGGUUAUGCACAGAAGGUGAUGUGCUGUUAAUACGAACUCCGAUAUGGUGCAUGGCUCUUUUAUAAAUCAAUGCCAUGCAUGCAUGCAGAAUCGUCUAUAAACUUUUAAUUCUGUCCAACUGUUGGGGAUUAGUAGAACUGUACAUUGGCCAUUGUAAUACUAAAAUUCCCGAUGCUUUAUACUUUUCAGGUUGGGUGUCGUUGAGUUUAUACAGUUUUCCUAUAUUAGGAUUCUGGUAAAAAUUCAUUAUGUUUACCAGGUUGUGUGCAACGAUCACUAUAUGUUCAUUUCUCUUCAAUA